UGAGGGAAAGGAAGAUGGCGGCGGUUGAUUGACUGGGGCUGGUGGUGCUGCUGUUUCGCCUGGAAAACGGUAAAUAAAGAAUUGAACGCCGCGUCGCACCGGUGCGUUAAAUGUCUCGGACUGAAAAAGCGGCAAAUACAAGGCGGACACUUUGACUGCAGAUUACUAAAGGUCUCAAGGUUCGUUCCUGGAUUCUUUUUUUUCUCCACGUGCGCCUCGUUCAUCACUUCCAACCUGGUUCCUCUGCUAGUAUACUGGACCACCCGUUUCCCUGGCCCAUGGACUUAAGUUCACCAACAAGCUUCAAAAGGAGGCCUACUGCCCCCUCUACCAGGAGUCCUCCUCUCUGUUCACCUUCUGUAUCUUUAUCUUCUCCAUCAUCUGGUCCACCGUCACCCUUGUCUGCUUCCUCCUCUAUAUGUGCCAGGUCAUCAGUUCAUCAGAACCAUGUAAAAGGCCUUAUCCUGGGGAAAGAGGUCGCCAAGGUUUCCUCCACUUCUGCCUCUCUGGCAGUGCAAUCUCUCCACAUUUGUACACCCAACACCACCUGUACGAAUUGCUGCCCUCACACUUCAGUGCAGCCAAUUCAAGACUCUGAAAAAGAGGGUGGAAAAAGGGAUAUGUAUGAUCCUUUCCAUCCCACUGAGGGAGACAAGGAGGCAAGGUUGAGGGGGGAGGAAAGAGAAGGAGAGAAAUAUGACCCCUUUGACCCUACUAAUUCUCCUGCAUCAGACAUUGAUGAUGACUUUGGCAAAGUUAGGGGGGUGACACGAGAGGGUGAGAGAGAUGAGGAGGAGAAAGAGGAAGACCCUCCAGAUUCCACUGACACUUUGAAUGAUCUGCCAAGUCCCUGUCUGGUAACCCAGCUCCCUUUGGGCAGGAGAGUGGGUUGUCGAACCACCAAGGCUGGAGAACAGAGGGACAGUGCUGAUUCUGAUCACUCCGAGAUAGAAGAGGGGGAAAUAGUGGGGGCUGUUGACCGAGAUAGAAGUACUAAGAGAGCAACUGGAGAAAUCCUCCCUCUGAAUUCUCCUACUGUCUCAUUCUUUGCUUCAAAGCCAGAGCGAAUCCUACGGGUGCUGGAUGGGGAUGGCUUUGUGUCUGUGUGUGCCGAAGGCAGCUGGGAGGUGGACCAGGAACCAGAGGAUGAGCCUGUGGUGGGAGUGGAGGAUCUCAGAAGGAAGCUGGUCAGCAAGAGAAAGGAAAGAUACAUGUCCUUUCCUGCCUCUUCUUCGCUCUCUCCUCAGCAACCACCACCUCCCUCUCAUCCUUCAGUUUCUCCAACCUCUCCUCCUCUCACACCUCCUGAAGAGAAAAGCACCCAGAACCACAAGUCCAAAAGUUCCAAAGACCAAGACAAACAAAAAAGCAAGGACAGAAAGGCAGGUGAAAAGGAGGAAAGGAGAAAGAAGAGAAGAAAGGAAAAAGAGGAGGCUUGUGAGAAGAGCAAAGAGAAGGAGCGAGGGCACACAACGGGAAAAGAGGUUAAGGGAAGGAGGAGCAGCAGGAGCAGCAGCCGUAAGAGGAGGAAAAGACGUCAUAGCAGUCCCGAUGCGUCACAAUCUCGCAACUCUUCAAGCAGAGGGGGAAACACAAGACGCUCUUUUUCAAGCCUAUCUGAAGAAAGGCAUCGAGAGAAAGACAGGGAUAAAAACAGAGAAAGGGAUAGACAUAGAGAUAGAGAGAGGGGAAGAGAAAGAGACAGGGAGAGAGAGAGGGAACAGAGUCAUAGCCAUAGAAGAGAUGAAAGAGAUCAAGGUUCUAGCUCUAGAAAAGAGAGGGAGAAGGGAAAAUGCAAUUCAAGCAGCAGAGAGAGGGUAAUUUUAAAGAGGUCUAAAAGAAGCACGGAAAACAGGGAAUGUGAUAGAGAUAGGCAGCAUGAGAGGGACUGGCGGCGGGAUGGUCGUCCUGUUGUCCCACCAUCUAUCCAAGAUCUCAAUGGGUCUGACCUCUUUGCCAUCAAGCGAACCAUCACUGUCACCACAACCACAACCACCACCACUGUACCUGGGUCCCCAAGACUCGCACCAACCUCCCCCUGCCGACCCACACAGGACUCUGAUAAGCACCACAAGAGGAAGAAGAAGCGAAAAUGGCACUCAGCCAGAGAGGCAGAGGAGCGGGGAAGUUGCCGCAGCCAGUCACGAUCAGUCUCGCCUCCCAUGUAUCAUGGCUAUGAGUCAGACCGUUAUUCAGACAAAUUGGACAUUGACGUAUUGUCUUUGGAUGGUGAGGCUUUGGACUCAGACUAUCCAUCUUUGGAAGAUACACCACCUGCUGCCUUGCCCCCAGAACCACCUGUUCCCAGCCCAAAAUCGAAAACCAUCCCAAAAUCUGGAAGGCAUCACCCAAAAAAGAAGUCCCGCACGUUAAAGAAAAUUGGCCAGUCUGAAUCCCAUUCGUCUUCCAACACGGCCAAAAACAAAUGCCUCUCCUCACUGAUGGUCACUUCAGAAUCUGCCUCUGUCUCCUCUGGUGUUUCCUCGGCAAAGCGAGCCAAGAAAGUGGGAAAGGACAAAGAGCGGGAAAAAGGCAGUAGAAAGGAUUUAAAUCGCUCCGGCAAGUCCAAGAAAGAAAAUGGCAGCAGUCGUAAGGGGAAGCUUCAGUCCAAAGUGUCAGUGCUGGUGCGUGAGGGUGUGAGCAGCACCACAGGAGCUUCUGUUGGCUCUGGAAAGCUUGGCAUGGACCUUCUAGGGUCAGGAGGUGCAGGGGGAGGUUCUGGAGGCUCUGUGGUUGGUGGCUCCAUAGCAGUAGUUUUCUGCAGGGACAAUGAGAGCAGGUCUCCGUUCCUCAAACCAUGCUCAGAGCCACUGUCACUGACUGGGCGUAACAAAGAUCUGUCCAGUAUCGGGAAACGAAGCAGCCUUGCUGCACCACCGUCCUCAUUGUCCGGUCCCACAGUGUUGAAAUCCAAAAAAACAAAACCAAGCUCCAUCACAUCCACGUCUUCCUCAGCCUCCUCACCCUCUUUAACUUUGGCAACUAAGCGUCGCCGUCGCCUGGCCAAGAAGACGAGAGAAAAAGGAGUGGCUGCAGGUUUACCAACUGUAGAUGGCAGUCAGACCAAUGCCAUGUCUGAGGGCUGGGGUGGAGCCUCGUCAGAGGUUCAGUCACCUGUUGGAGAUGGGAGCAAGACAGUCAGUCCACAUACAGGCCAAGCUGUUCCUGCACCCUGUUCUUCCUCCUCUUCCUCCUCCUCCUCCACUAGUGUGCUCCCGCCCUCUUCCUCUCCACCACACACCCCUCCACCAUCUAUACCUCCCUCGCGGGACACAAGGGAUUCUUCGCCAGACUCUCAGACAGUAGACAGCAGCUGUAAGACUCCGGACCCUUCUUUCCUAGCUGAGGACUGUCCGUCUCAGACCAGCCCCACACUCCCAACAUCCAGUCCAUCAAGUCUGUCCACCCCCCAGGGAACUGGCCUCAGCAUUGCCUUGUCCACAUCCACGGUCAAACCACCUCCUCCAGAUGAUGCCUCCAAAUCUCUGCUCUCACCAUCUUGCACGUCCUCCUCGGCAGGCUGUGGUCUCACCUCUCUGUCGCUGCCUCCGUCUUCAUCGGACCCUUCCUCUUCUGUAUCCUCGUCAUCUGUCAGUAAGCCUCCUCCACCUCCAGCAGCACCUGCUCUUCCCUGGAGUCUGCAGGCUGGAGUGGACUGUGCAACUGGAGGUGUUCUAGCAUUGACGGCUCUGCUUUUUAAAAUGGAGGAAGCAAAUAUCACCAGCAGAGCCAAAGCGCAAGAGUUUAUUCAAGCAACUAACCAGAUCCUCUCACAGGCCAAUCAGAGCCAGUCCCAUGAUCCUUCAUCCUUAGCUGCCUCCUCCUCACAGAUCCCGCCUCCUCCCCCUGUCCCUCCUCCCCCUGGGCUGAGCCCGACACAGUUCAUCCUUCACAGCGCCCUCCCGUUGGUCGGCUGCACCAAAACCCCACCUUCUCACCUGCACCCCUCGAUGCAGACUCCACCCCCCAUGAUGUCUGUGGGCCUAUCGGGAGUGACUGGAAGCUCUGGUGACACUGGAUGGGACAUUGAGACCAAAGACCCGGAUAAGUACCUGAAGAAACUGCACACACAGGAGCGUGCAGUGGAGGAGGUGAAGCUCGCCAUCAAACCAUAUUAUCAGCGCAAAGACAUCAACAAGGAUGAAUACAAAGACAUCCUCAGGAAAGCUGUGCAUAAGAUCUGCCACAGCCGCACUGGAGAAAUAAACCCAGUCAAAGUCAGCAACCUUGUAAAACUCUACGUCCAACGCUAUAAGUACUUCAGGAAACACGGACGCAAGAUGGAUGAUGAAGAAAGGAGCGAGAGGGAGUCAGGAGUGCUGCACUCCUCCGCCUUGUAGACUUCUGCAGGAUUCUGUCUGACAUUUUAUUGCUUUCAUUCAUAGCCCACCUUGUUUUCUGCUUUUAUCUUAUGGUAAUCUUCUCUCCUUAUGUCUGAUCACAGUGUAAAUAUGUCUCACUUACAUGUUAAUGCUGACGAAGCAGAUCUAAUAAUGUCCCUGCAGUAAAAUAAGUUUAAACUGUGUCCAUCACAGGCUGAGAGGCAGGGCUGGGUUUUUUCUUUCUUUUUUAUCAUGAUUAUUUUUAAAGUUAGAUGUUUAUGGUAUAUUUUCCUCCCCAUCCUCAUGUAUAUUGAAGUCCAAGCUGAGUGGAGUUGUAAUAUUUACACAUUACCAUAAGACACUAUCUACACACAAAUACACACAUGGGCUCUGCACCGUGUCUCUGAGUCUCUUUGGACAGUAUGCAAGCUGGACUUGGACAUGGACGGUGAAGUUGGGACAACUGAAUGAUGUUUCAAACACGCAGACACUUGACCUGUUAGUUCUGAGAUUCUGCCGCGUGUGACGUGUGCAUGUGAAAGUGCGAUGACUUGACCAACACAAUAUAAAUGUUGCCUGAAAACCAGUACAAAGGAGUGCUUUGAUUGAUUCAUUGUUUUAUCAUUCCGUACCAUUAUCAUUGAUUUUGUAAUAAAAUCUAGGGCUGAAAAUUA